GAUCCUCUUUGCUGCCGACGCGUUUUGUGUGCUGUAGCAACUGAUCCUCAGUGACAAGAUGCCUCAGCUGCGAUAUCCGCUCUUCAGGCACCCGGUACGGACAACGGCCUGAGACAGGCAGACAGCGCUACGAGACAGGCAGCCAGCCAGGCAGGCAGGCAGCACAACACAACACACACGCUAGGAUACCUGAGAGCGGCUGCCGCACUGAUCUGCCACCCCUCUGUCUCUCUCUCGGUGUUCGUUUGGGCAGCCGUCGCACACUCUGGCGAAUCUGUCUGAGCCGUCGUCGAUGGUGGGUGCCGACGACCCCAGCAAGACCAAGGUCUUCAACCCAGGCGACAAGAUACUCGUCUGUGGACUACACCCCUCAUCGGACUUCAUCUGUGAGCACACAACCGCAGGAAGAAUGGCACGUUUAAUGCUCGUCUGUGUUGUUGACACGUGUGUGUGUGUGUGGCUGCAGGCGAGGACCGUGAGGGCAAUCGUUGGGUGCUGCCUCACCGCUGGCUGCGCGGCCCCGGUCAGGGCGGUGACGGCAUCUGUGCCGAGAUCAUGGGUGCCGACUGCUGCAUGUGGGAUGCCUAUGAGAUCCCCGACGACGAGACGGACCUGUCCAAGUACCCCGGGGUGCUGCCGCCCAGCAACGAGGCCAUGAAGGACAUCGUCUUCGAACCGCUGCCCGACAAGUUCCGGUGGGUGAGGGGGGAUUGUGUGGGUGUUCCUGUCGGGUACACUGCGUGUGUUUCAUGUUUGUGUGUGCGGUGUGCAGAGGUCGCGAGCCGACGGAAGAGGAGACUGCGCCGCUCCCCGAGCAAAAGGCUCAGUGACGCAUUCUCCAGAGAGGCGGUGGUGUGAAUGUAAUGCGAUGAGGGCCAGCGUAUGUGAGUGUGCACCCACAGCCAGGCCACUUCUGUCUAUCUUCCUUUAUCCAUUGUGUCAUGUAAGUCGUGCGGUGCCGAGCUAGUCUUUUUUUGACCCCACGUGUGUGUGGUACGCCUGUGUGGGGAAUGAUGCUCUGCGUGUCGAUCAAAGUUAAGCUCGGUAUGAGGUCAGCCACGUCCUCCUUGCAUCUGAUGAUGAGUACCUGAUUGGUUUGGCCUCCUUGUCCGGGCUUGUGUGGUGCUUCUUGUGUGUCCCUGUCUCUCGUGACGCACAAGCGCCAUCACGAUGGGGCAGGGGAGGGCGAGAGACGUCACACAAGCGCAGCACGGUUGGGCAGCUAUGCUCAUGGCACUCACUCCUGUCUAGACGUAUUCUUCUGAAGAAUGCAGUGCUUGGCCGAAUGAGGUCUGUCCAUCACCCAAUGCUAUAGAUCCCUAGGUAUAGAGCUGGUUGUGCAUGG